AAAGAUUGAUAGAGAGAGCUGUUCGGGAAAAUUAGACAGUUUUUUAGGAAAUUGUAAAAGAUAGACUUGAUGUUGGUAAAAAAAUAAAUGAUCAAAAGUAAGACGACCGGCUGAAGGAACUGCCAGAAAAUGGAGAUACAAAAACACGAAUUUUCAUUUGGAUAGCUCUAAUCAAAGGGUUUGCACCUGCUUUGCAAGUUCGCCACUGAGUGAGUAGCAGCAGCUCGGUUCAAGGUUCCAGCGGGAUUCCUCUGGGUCAGAACUGUAUUUCUGUGCUCGCAAAAGCUCCUGAAAAUCGAGGGAGGCACACAAGAUCAAGCAAGGAUGAAGAAAUUCAAAGGUGGUCUGUACCUUGUGCUGAAGAUGAUGGAGUGGUUUUCUUCAGUAUCCGACUAACACACAAAGAAGGAUGCGCAGAAUGCUUCAGUUUGGUUAAGAGGGACACUGGGACAGAAGAUACAACCUUGUAGUUCUGCAACCUGGUGUAGGACAGGUAGACAUUAAGGGAUUGGAUUCACCCACAAAGCUGCCACCCUGCUCCCUAAAUGACUCACUAAAAUGCAGCUUAGCCAGUGAUCAAGCUGUGAUCACACACUAAGACUUCAGGCCUGCCCUUCUGCUCGAACUCUGCAGCUGGAGGCCUUGUACGGAGCAUGAGUGCGGGAAUGAUCAACCGCUACAGUAUUGUGUCAUCUGAAGAAGAGGGCCUCCGCCUCACUACCAUGCAUGGCAUGAACGGCUUUGGCAAUGGCAAGAUCCACACACGCCGCAAGUGCCGCAACCGUUUUGUGAAAAAGAAUGGUCAGUGCAAUGUGCAGUUUACUAAUAUGGAGGAAAAGUCGCAGCGCUACAUGGCCGAUAUUUUCACCACGUGUGUAGAUAUUCGCUGGCGCUGGAUGCUGGUUGUCUUCACGCUUGUGUUUGUUAUCUCAUGGCUGGUCUUCGGCCUAGCCUUUUGGGUCAUUGCCUUGCUGCAUGGAGAUCUAGAUAACCCAGCUGGAGAUGACAACUUCACUCCCUGCGUACUGCAGGUCAAUGGAUUUGUGGCUGCAUUUCUUUUCUCCAUUGAAACCCAAUCUACCAUAGGGUACGGCUACCGAUGUGUGACUGAAGAGUGCCCAGUGGCUGUGUUCAUGGUAGUCUUCCAGUCGAUAGUGGGCUGCAUCAUUGACUGCUUCAUGAUUGGUGCCAUCAUGGCAAAAAUGGCAAGGCCUAAGAAGAGAGCACAAACACUGUUGUUUAGCCACAAUGCAGUCAUCGCCAUGCGGGAUGGCAAGCUGUGUCUCAUGUGGAGAGUAGGGAAUCUUCGCAAGAGUCACAUUGUAGAAGCCCAUGUCAGAGCACAGCUCAUCAAACCUCGGGUGACCGAUGAGGGGGAAUAUAUUCCUCUAGACCAGAUUGACAUCAAUGUGGGUUUUGACAAAGGCUUGGACAGGAUUUUUUUGGUUUCACCGAUCACUAUUCUCCAUGAGAUUGAUGAGGAGAGCCCUCUUUUUGGGAUCAGCAAACAGGACUUGGAGACAGCAGAUUUUGAGAUCGUCGUCAUCCUCGAAGGGAUGGUUGAAGCAACCGCCAUGACCACGCAGGCUCGCAGUUCCUACCUGGCUUCCGAACUCCUUUGGGGUCACAGGUUUGAGCCAGUCUUGUUCGAGGAGAAGAACCUGUACAAAGUGGAUUAUUCUCACUUUCACAAAACCUACGAGGUGCCGUCCACCCCACGCUGCAGUGCCAAGGACAUGGUGGAGAACAAGUUCCUAGUACCCAGCUCAAACACCUUCUGCUAUGAAAAUGAGCUGGCAUUCCUAAAUCGCGACGAUGAUGAGGAGGAGGAUGUUGGUGGUGGGAGCCGGGCACUAGCAAAUCUCAGUCCAGACCGGAACAGCCGACAUGAAUUUGAACGCUUACAGGCCGUCAGGUCACUGGAUCAAAGGUCAUAUCGCAGAGAGUCAGAAAUAUGACACCCCGAUUGACCAAGGUUCAAAUUUCAAUAACUUUAUCCAAGACAAAAAUGCAGAACAAUGCAAAGUGCCAUAGGACAAGCUGACUACUGUUAAAAAGUGGAAAGAAACAUGACAGUAAAGGCACACAAGUGGAAAGUAUAAGUAAGUGUGCACAGCUUAGAGAAAACAUGGUAAGGAAUGUCUACAAUCAAGGAAAAGGCUAGAAAACACCUUCUUCCUACACAGAAACUUGAAUUUUUCUUUUUUUUUCUCCACAUGCUCAUUUUGAGUUUGGAGUGUUAAAUGCUAGUUCAUCAACACCUAUUAUGACAGUACCUUAUAAUCAACUCUUUGGUGUAAAUACAUUUCUUAGGUAAGCUUUGUUUUGUGUGCGGAAUCAUUUUCAAAGGAAAAAAAAAUGAAAAGAAAAGAAAAGAAGAGAAAAGAAGAGAAAACAUUUUAAAAAAACGACCUCCGACAAGUAGAAGUUGAGCUCAGCUUGCGUUGAUGUAAUUUGCUGGACUAGCGAUCAGAAAAAAAUGGAAAGUUCAUGCACGUCAGCAUUCAGAUACAAUGAGCCAUAAUAAAACAUCUGAUCAUGAGCUUCAGAGAAAAACAUGAUCUGGUUUAGCUUCACCUUGGUGAUGAUAGAUUUCUGAAGCCUAUAUUCAAAAGAGGAAAUGCAGGAUAACUUAACUGCACAUAAAUGAGUGUAUUAAACCAUACCUAAACUGUAUAAACACUUUAUUUAUAAUUACCGAAUGCCUCUUACAAGCCAUCAAUGUCAUGGCUUGGCUGCACAUAUGCAAAGACUAUAAAAUAAAAUGAGAAAAAAACUACAAACCCAUAAACAUUCUUUGAGAAUGCUUCAGGUUUAAAAAAAAAAUCCAGAUGAA